GUUUCUAUGAAAACAGUUAAGAUAUGUCAAUGGAAUACCUUAGCUGAUACACUAUCAGGGGCUUUUCCACAAGUCAAUAAAUAAUUCCUAUCUUGGAAUCAUAGAUCCUAAUUAAUAUCCUAAUAUAUAAAAAACAAUAAUUGUGAUAUAUAUUGUUUUGAAGAGGUUGAUCAUCCAGAAUUUUUUGAAACAAUACUUUAAGAUCAUCAUUUCAUUUUUUAAAAAAAAUAACAUAAUAAUGAUGGUAUCCUAAUUGCUUACAAAAAAACCUUCAAAUUAUAAUCAGUUAACAUUAUACCUUAUUUAGAAAACAAUAAAGUUUCAAAUCAAUUCUUUAUUAAAGUUGACUUUCUAGAUUUUAUAUUAAUAGCCACUCAUCUUAAAGCUAAAACAGAGUUUGAGAAUAUAAGAAGAACUCAAUUAGAAUAAUUGAACAAAUACUUAUAAGAAAACAAGAUAAUUUUAUGUGGUGAUUUUAAUACAUAACCGCAAUUAGAAGCAGUAUCUAAUUUUAUGGAAAUAUCCGGAAUGAAAUGUACUAAUAUAACAAUUCCUACAACUUCUAAAAAUAGAGGAAAAUUAGAAACAAACAUAAAAGAUUAUAUUUUCUAUAAAGGAGUUCAAUUAAAAUAAAGUUAAGUGGGUCCAACAGAAGGAGUUUAAUUAGAUGAAAAUGGAUUACCUAGUGAAAAAUUCCCUUCAGAUCAUAUAUUUUUAAUAGGAGAAUUUGAUAUUUGAAUAGGAUUAAUUCGAUAUAGAUUAAAU